CGUCAUUUUUAACAGAAAGAAGAAGAAAUAUUUGCAAACUAGACUGCAGAAAAGUGCACUUCGUUUUUUCGUAAAAGAUGAGUUUUAUGCAACCGAGUCCCGUGAAAUAUGCUUGUUCAUGUGGCAUACUAAAUCCAAUAAAUAAACUCUUCUUCUGCCGCCACUGCCCAAAGUUACGAUGUGGCUUCUGUGUGUGCCACGAAAUUGAGUCACACUUCUGCUCCAAUUGUUUGGAAAAUAUACCAUCGUCGGAGGCUCGACACAAGAAGAACUGCUGCGCCAACUGCUUCGAUUGCCCAUGCUGCCAGCACACGCUGUCCGCCAGGGCCACCACUGUGGCCGUGGUGCGCAAAACGGAAGAGGCCAAGGAGGGUGAAAGUGGUGCACCGGAAGCCGCGCCCAGUCCGAAGCCCUCGGCGAUGCCCACAACUAAGAAAAUGUAUUACUUGUCAUGCCUGUCGUGCCGUUGGACUACGCGUGACGUUGGCAUUCCCGAUCAAGGCGUGGCCACGGGAACCUGGCCAGACAACGAGUGCCUGUACCAGGUGCGAUUCAAUACACUCAUGGAAUACUAUCAGACGGUGGUGUUACAAGAAAAGCAGGAGAAACAGGAGUUUUUGCGUCGCAAGGCCCCCAAACCACACAAGUUUCCAAGUCUGACAGAUCGCACAGGUCUCACGGUGUCACUAAUACGUCGCCAGAUCGGCUGGACCGACAAAAGUUUACCGAAACCGAAGCCAGUAAAUAUUACAUCCGCUGAGGCAGCUGCAGAAGUGGAAGCACUUCCGGCCGACAUUUUUACGCAGCCAAUCAAUCUUCGCAACAUUACGACUAUAGCUCAACGGCACAGCCAGCCUGCGGAUCAACCGACCGCGGUGAGCAAAUUGUAUCCACAGCGACGUUCAUUGUGGAUCAAGCGAUCGCUGCGUUGUCGUCAAUGCGAGCACAAUCUCAUUAAGCCGGAGUAUCAUCCUACAUCGAUCAAGUAUCGCAUUCAGCUUUUCGCCAGCGCCCAUGUGCCCGAGGUGGUCAUGGUGCGUUGUGAGCAACCAUUGCAGCCUGGCCAGAGCAAUGCCAUACUGCUGAAGUUCACUAAUCCCACGAUGUACGACAUGACCAUAAGUGUGCUCGAUGCUCCGCCCCAGGAGGUGCAAAUCAAUGCGGAUGCCUUUCAGCAAGCAUGUCGCAUCAAAGAGGAGGCGGUCACAUCGUCGCCACUGCUGAAGUCAUCAGGUGUGACGUUGGCACGUCAGAAUUCCACACGUGAAGUCAAGCGAGAAGUGAAGGAGAAAGCCAAUGCAACAAUUGUGCCGCUGGAGAGCGAAUUUGUAUUAAAUCAACGCGAUGAUUCCAAGGAGUUUGACGAGGAUGUGCAAGCGCCCAUUGAGGAGCCGAAAUUUAUUGUGUGGCGCAAGGGAAACAAAGUGCUCUUGAGACUUCAGUUUACUCCAUCGCCAGAGCUGCAAACAGGCAACGAAGUGACGCUGGCUUUCUGCAUGCAGUACACAUAUGUGAACACUGUGACCAACACACAAGACAAGAAGGAGCCCACAACACAUGCUCUCUACUCACGCAUCUUCAUUCAUGCUGGCGACAUUGUCAACUAGACAUGAACAUUGAGUACACGCAACUAAGUAUAUCGAUAUUAAUCCCCGCUUUAUUAAUGCUAAACAAAAAUGUAUUUAUGUUAUUCAUUUCAAGCCAUUGCUUGGCCGUAAACUGCAUCCAUUCUAUAUAUUGGCAAUAAACUCAUACGAACUAA